GGGUGAGCUCUCUUUCUAUGGGGAUGGUCUUCUUCUGUUCUCCAAUAGUCAGCAUAUUCACAGACCUGUUUGGUUGUCGAAAAGUAGCUGUUAUUGGAGCUGCAGUAGGGUUUGUUGGACUCCUUUCAAGUUCUUUCGUAAGCACCAUUGAACCUCUGUAUUUCACCUAUGGAGUUUUGUUCGCCUGCGGCUGCUCAUUUGCAUACCAGCCGUCCUUGGUCAUUCUGGGCCACUAUUUCAAGAAACGCCUUGGACUAGUGAAUGGCAUUGUCACUGCAGGCAGCAGCUUGUUCACCGUGUCACUGCCCUUCCUCUUGAGAGUUUUGAUCGAUUCUGUUGGUCUAUACAACACCUUGCGGGUCCUGUGCAUCCUUAUUUUUAUUCUGUUCCUGGCUGGCUUUACAUACAAACCCCUUGUUUACAACGCCAAAGACAAAGAGGGAGGAAAGAAGGGAAAGUUCAGAUUUCCUCCUGAAAAAAAGAUCUGUAAUUUCUCAGUUUUCAAAAUUCUCAGUUACCGAAUCUGGGCUUUUGGGAUCCCAGCUGCACUUUUUGGAUACUUUGUGCCUUAUGUUCACUUGGUAAGUGCAUGUUUCUUCCUACAUACGAUGGAUUUAAAAUGACAGCUAUUUUCUUUUGUGUGAUAGGUGAUAGGAAGCAACAUUUACAGUGCAAGUUGUU